GACGACGACGCUCAAGGGGUCCCCCCUGUCCCAGCCCUUUCCAAAUAAAUCAUGGACAAGAAUCAUGAUGAGUCACGAUGGAAUAAUGAUGGAUGGAUCUUGCAUUUUCCAUUUUGUUUUUUUCCUUCUCUCGGCAAUCGUUUGCCUUUUCACUAUUUUGUCUCUUUUCCUUCUUAUGCGUACUGCGGCUCCUGUCCGCACUAGCAGCAAAUAUCCCCUUUGGCCAAGUUUCUUCUUCUCACACUUUGUUGAAUCACUGAAUAUCUGCCUUUCGAAGUUGAUAUCAGAAUCA